GGGCACAUCAUAUGUGCUGCAAAACGUGGAUUUCAUUUGCCGACAACUUUUGAAACGAGCAUUUUGAAUCGGGAUGGGCAAGGAUCGGGGCAGAGGACGCAGGAAUCACCAUUCCGGGCCGUACAACAAGAGCAACUGGCGUGGCCAGAAGAAGGAUCGCCCUCAAAACAAUGGAGGAGGUCAGCGCAACAGAAAUGCGCCACCACAGAAGACCACGCUGCUGGAGAACCAAGUGGGCAUUACGGAGUUCACUAACCCGGAGGCACCUGGUUUCACGGGAAUACUCAAGUCGCGCUUCUCCGAUUUUCACGUUAACGAGAUUGAUAGCAACGGCAAAGUGCUGGAAUUGAGCGAUCUCAGUGUGCCUAAAGUGGCUAUUGUGGCUGUGGCCGACAAAGAACUGGACAACUGGCGGCAAGAACUGGAGGCAGUAAUUGGCCCCGAAGUUUGGCAGGAUAUAGCCAAACUGGCCGAGGCCAAAAACGAUCCUACGAUCGAGCAAAAGGUGGAGAUUGAUGUGACCACUCUGGAUAAGGAUCAGCGAACACAAGUCCACCAGUUGAUAAAGCAGCUGUACAAGGGUAAGCUGCUGUCCACCACCAUUGGACAGCAGCAGGCUAAGCCAAAGGUCCAGGAGGAGGCAUCCUUGGAAAAGAAGGAUGCGGCCGAAGGUGAAACCCCAACUCAGAAAGACUCACAGGUGUCGGCAGAGGAAAAGAAGAUUAUAAGAAUACUUAAGCCAAAGCCAGGACGCGGUGACAAACGCUGGAGCUUUCCCGCGGAAUAUGUGACCUUCCUGGUGCACAAAACAAAUUUGGUUACCAGCGAUGUGGCCUCUAUUUUCGCAGCACGACUGAACUUGCGACCAUCGCAGGUGAACUACAGCGGCAUCAAGGACAAGCGGGCGAAGACCACCCAGAAGUUCUCCAUCAAACGUCGUACACCAGAGAGUAUUUUGGGCGCAGCUAAGUGCCAACGGAAUGUGCAGAUAGGCAACUUUGCAUUUGAAUCCAACACACUGAAGCUGGGAGACUUGCAGGGCAAUCGUUUCCGCAUUGCCUUGCGACACAUUGCCAAGGAGAAGCGGGAAGAAAUCGAGCAGGCACUGCAGUCAUUGAAGGAACGCGGUUUCAUCAACUACUAUGGGCUGCAGCGGUUCGGCAACAGUGCCAGCGUGCCCACCUAUGAGGUGGGCGUGGCUCUGCUCAAACACGAUUAUAAACUGGCCUGCGAACUGAUACUGAAGCCUCGCGACUCGGAUGUGGAGUUUAUGCGUCCCAUACGCGAGGAGUGGUGGAAAAAUCGCGACUCCGCGGCGGCAGCUGCAAAAAUCUACGGCGAUAAGUUCAUAGAGAAGAAGCUGCUGGACGGCUUGGCCAGAUUUGGCGAAUCAGAUUACUCUUCAGCUCUGCGGCAGAUACCACGCAACAUGCUUAUGCUAUAUCCACAUGCAUACCAAAGUCUGAUCUUCAACAGGAUAGCGUCCAGAAGGAUUAAGGAGUUCGGCUUGAAAUUGAUACCCGGCGAUUUGGUUUAUGUGGAGCAGGAUCAGCCAGGAGUCGUGGAAGAGCAGGCCUUGGACGAGCAAAAGGAGGAGGAGACUAACGAUGAGCCUAUGGAAGCAGUUGAAGAGGAUGAAGCCAUCGAAGAGGAGUCUGUUUUCAAACGAAAGGUUCGCCCGCUCACAGCAGAAGACAUUGCUAGCGGCAAAUACAAACUCUCUGAUGUGGUCCUGCCCCUGCCAGGACACGACAUCACCUAUCCCAACAACGAGUGUGGUGCCUGGUACGAGGAAAUGCUAGCGGAAGUGGGUCUCUCCUCGGAGCAGCUUAAGCACAAGGAGAAGACAUACGCUUUGGCUGGCGCUUACCGCAAGAUGAUCAUCUCGUCCAGUGAUCUCAAGUGGAGCUUUAGGAUGUACAACACGCCAGAGGAUACUCUAAUUGCCUCCGACUGGGAGCUUUUGAAGAACAUUCCGGUUACACCAGAACCAGCUGAAGCUGAUGCCAAUUACAUGGCACUACUACUGGAGUUCUCGCUGCCCACGGCCGCCUAUGCCACCAUGUUUCUGCGAGAGCUCUUGAAACAGGACACAUCCUCGGCGUCGCAAACGCAGCUGGAGAAGCAGGCAAUGGCUAAGGAGGACAAUGAAAAGAAGGCGGUAACCCAAGAGGAGGACAUGGAGGUGGCCGACGAGGAGGGGCAGGAAACUGAGCAAGCGGAAACUCAGGGGGCUGAGGAGGCGGUGUAGGCCAAGUGAGAUACCAAAAAUCAAUAUGCUCGGGAAAUCAAUUUUACGCGCGCUUCGUAUCCAACUUCGAACCAACCACAACAAUAACAAUGCGCACGUGAGGACGAGGGCUGCUCUCUCGCAUCCUGUGGCUCGCACCCCGUCUAUCUCGCUCUCUCUCACACACUCUCUCUCGCUCUCUCUCUCUCUCGCCUGGGAGAGUCCUUUUGGUCCUGUUUCUUUGACAGCGAUUUCAUUCGUUCGGUGGCCACCAACGCGAAAGCUCAAGCGACGCGCUGCGCAGUUUCCCCAGCUCAAAAGUCCAAGUCGCACGGUUUUCCCCAUCGUUCUCAAUGAAGAGCAAUAACAAAUUAUUAAUUUCUAACAAAUAACCAACAAGCACGAUCCUCCAAAAUCCACGGACUUCAAUUCAAUUCAUCCAGUGAAGCGAUUUAAAACAAAUAAAAAUCGAGGAGGAGAGACAAGGUGAAUUUCCAGUUAAA